UUUAAAGAAAUACUUAACGCGUGUUGAUGAACGACCUCCACGAUGAAGGAAUGUCGUCAUGUAAUAAAAAUGAAACUCUAAAAUUUUAUAGAAUUACGUAAUCAUCGGUAUUAAAAGCCACCAAAAAAAUUUGAAAUGUUUGUCUAUAGUUUUAAAAUAAAGAGUUUUUAAUCUCAUACAGUCAUCGGCACUUGAUUAAAAGAAAAAAUUAAUAUUUUAUCUUCGAACCGCCGCAAUCGAACCUAUUCCGUCUGAAAUUUUAUUGUCUGGUAGAGAAUAAUAAAGACAUAUAAUAAUAUACAGAAGAGCAAAGAAGUAAUAUUUUGUGACACCCUAGAAAUUAUUUAGAAUCAUGUUUAAAAAUUUAUAAACUAAGAAAACGGAAAUCCCGAUGUUUUCCGUUUCCUAUUUUUCCUUCCUAGUUUCUUAUUUUUUUAUUAGUUUUCCUGUAUAUGAAUCGUGAAUUCACGUUAUCAGUAUGUAUGUGAUAGAUAUUUAGCAAACGUGUUAAUUUUUUCCACAUGUUAUAUUAUAAUCGUGUAUUUAUAUAUAAUAAACUAUAAAAGUUCGCUUUUUACAAACAGCCGUAAAAAAAAUUUUUUGUCAUGGACUCAACUUUCUACAUAAAUCCUUAACGUUUUGAAAUGCCAAUCAUAUCUAAAUGUCAAGAGUUUCAUCAAAUGUCAUUACAAUUGUAAUCGUUCAUUAACCAAUAGGUUUAUUAAUUUAAAUAAUCAAAUGAAAAAUGCAUACGGUCGGGUUGCCUAGGACGUGUCUCGGCUUCACAAACGUCCUGUGCUUCAUAUUGGCUUUCAUUAGUUUCGUAAUAUGCGCAUGGUGUGCCAUUAACACUGAAUUCUUUGAGGAAGUAAAUUAUACAGUCACGAAGAGUCAGUCAGUUAGGACGAUAGCUAAAUUUAUGAAUUUAAAAGUGUGGAUAACACCGAUCACCACGAUCCUGAUGCCGGUGGGGGUCGUUGCGAUGCUGACGUCAUGCUGUGGCCUUCUCGGCGCAGGAUGCAAAGUCAAAUGCGCCAUCAAAUCGUAUAUCUUUCUAGUCUCGGUACUGUCAUUGGUCGGGUUCUGGCUCUUCAUUAUAUCAGGGUUAUACAACAUCUAUACGAACAACGAAAAGACCGCAAGGUACAUGCAAGGUUCCAUACGACAUUACUACGGCAAAGAAGACGAUUUCUUCACUUAUAUUUGGAAUUACACGAUGGUUAACCAUGAGUGCUGUGGUGCAGUUAGCUAUAGAGAUUUUUCUAAAUCGGUUUGGCGGGAAAACAAUCCGGACAAGCUGUUUCCCGUUCAGUGUUGCACGCUAGCGAAUACGUCGAGCCUGGAGCCUGUAUCUAAGAAAUGUAAUACAGAUGAAGAAGAUGAGCAUAGCCACAAGGAGAUAGGGUGUAUGCACGCCCUGAGGAAAUCAAUUAAAAUUAACAAAGGAAAGAUAAUUUUUUACUUGAUCUUAUUGGCGGUUUUGUAUUUGGUGUUAAUGCUGUUUUCGUAUUGCAUCAUAAAAGGGGAACCGCUGCUAGGAGCCAUGGCCACAGGGUUCGCGAAUGUAUUGAAUCCAAAGCCCAGAGAAGAGACACAAGUAAUCCAGUCGCGUACGUCGUUGGAGAAUAUGAUAUUCGUUGAGGAGCCGCCAAAGAAAGUGAUGAGAGUAGUAUCGACCGCGAAUCCCUUUCAGACUUACACUUUUGCACCGAAUUCUUACUCCGUGAAAUGAAACCUGAACGAUUUUUAUGAAAUAAAGGAAUAAAACAUUA